CCACUUUUUUCCACAGGAGAAAUGAGUGGAUAUCAUAGGGUUCCAGAAUGUCUGACUGAUAAGAGAGUCAUCAUUUUAGUUAUCAUUUUGCUCCUUUUGUGCCUGAUAGCAGCAGUGGUCAAUGGCUUUAUCACUGCAGCACUGGGCAAGAAAUGGUUGCUACAGAGAAUGUUGUCACCUUAUAAUAAAUUAUUGAUCAGCCUAACAGCCUCUCGCUUCUGUCUGCAGUGGGUGGUGAUAGGUAAGACUGUUUAUAUUUUCCUGCACCCAACAGUCUUCCCAUACAAUCCUGCAAUGCAGCUCCUAAGUUUCCUCUGGGAGUUCCUGAAUGCUAUCACCUUAUGGUUCUGUACCUGGCUUGGUUUCUUAUGUGUGAAAAUUGCAAACUUAACCCACCCUUUCUUCAUCCGGUUAAAGUAUAAUGUGCCUAGGUGGGUACCACGGAUGCUGUUUAGCUCUGUGGGAUUAUCUAGCUUGAAUAGCAUACUAUCCUUCAUAGGUAACCUGAUAAUAUAUCAGGACUAUUUAAGAAGCAACUGGCAAUCUUGGAAUGUUACUGGCAAUAGCCUAGGACUCUCAUUUGAAAAAUUCAACUUCUUCCUUCCAAAAAUGAUUAUGUGGACAAUGCCUUUUGCUGUCUUUCUCAUUUUCAUGGUUUUGCUCCUCACAUCUCUGGGAAGACACAUGAAGAAAACCCUGCUGACCAUCUCAGGAUUUCAAGGAUCCCCACUCCUGUCCCAUGGAAGAGCUCUCCUUGUUCUCUUCUCUUUCUUCAUCCUGUUCACCUCCUCUUUUCUGUCACUGGUGCUAAGUUCUGUUGGCACAUUUCCAGUUCAAGAACUUGGAUUCUGGAUGUGGCAGGUGGUAAUUCAUCUGUGCAUAGCAGUGCACUCCGUCAUUCUGCUUUUCAGCAACCCCAUGCUGAGAGAGAUGCUGGAGAGGGGCUGUUCCUCAAG